AUGUCUGAAAGUUACUCGGUGAUCACAGCUCCUCAAGUUAAGCUUACAGUUACCAGUAGCAUCAAUUCAUUUUCGUCUCUCAGGCGGUUUUCAAAAAGUUUGACUAUUGCUGAUCUUAAGUGCAAGUUGGUGAUGUUGACUGGGGCCACUCUGAACAUGACUUUAGAGCUUUAUAAAGACAAAAAGUUCAUAUGUAAUAUAGAUGAUGACACAGCACUCCUUGGAUCUUAUCCUGUAGAUGAUGACAUGAUUUUACAUGUCACUGAUACAAAUGUGCAAUGUGGAGAAUUUGAAAGUGGAAAUGUUGAAGAUCGAUAUAAAAUUUCUGAAGACGCUUAUGCCAAACAAAAAGAUAGCUUUCGAGCUUUUAAAGAACAGAAUUUAAAAAAUAUGUACCAGGCCAAAGAUCAAAUGGAGGCAAAAAAUCAGGAAGAAAAAGAAAAAGAGGAAGAAGAGAAAGCAGCAACUAUCAAGAUUGAUGAUAGAUGCGAGGUUACUGUGAAAAAUCAGCCCAAAAGAUUAGGAACAGUAAAAUAUGUAGGCUUGACAGAAUUCCAACCUGGAUAUUGGGUUGGAGUCCAAUAUGAUGAGCCAUUUGGGAAAAAUGAUGGCAGUGUUAAAGGCAAAAGAUAUUUUGAAUGCAUGAUGAAGUAUGGUGGCUUUGUGCGGCCAAGCAAUGUGACUGUUGGUUACUACCCAGAAGCCAAUGAAUUAGAUGAAUUCUAA